CACCUGUCUCCACUUGCGAGGAAAUUGCAAGCCUUGAAACAACCAGAAUCUCAAUAGUUCAGAAAACAUCAACUCGCAUAAUGUCUGAUCGCACCCAACCGUGGAAGGCGUGGCUUGACAAGGAGAAGGAAGAGAAGGAAAAGAAUCCGGAGGCAGCAAGCAAAAAGCCAUGCCUGACAUGGGAGCCUACUCCCGAAGACCCAAGCCUCAAGCCAUGGCUUGCCUGGAACCCAAAUAUCGACAAUGGAGAUGUUGAUCCGAACAAGAAGAUCAUCAAGACACAUGUUAUGGGAGGGUGCUCCACCCCAUCUAAGAAACUUGGCUAAAGUAGGACAAGGGAGUCGGGCACCAGAAGGGGAUGCUGUC